GCCGUGGCGGGAGAAGCGCUUCCGGUGGCGGCGGAGGCGGCGCCGAGCAGGUUCUGAGAGCUGCGCGGGCGGUGGCCCGGAGGGAAUGUCCAGGAAGAUGUCUGGAGAACUUCCACCAAACAUUAACAUCAAGGAACCUCGAUGGGAUCAAAGCACUUUCAUUGGACGAGCCAAGCAUUUCUUCACUGUAACUGAUCCCAGGAACAUUCUGUUAACCAACGAACAACUGGAGGCGGCGAGGAAAGUAGUCCAUGAUUACAGGCAAGGAAUUGUUCCUUCAGGUCUCACAGAAAAUGAAUUAUGGAGAGCAAAGUACAUCUAUGAUUCAGCUUUUCAUCCUGACACUGGUGAAAAGAUGAUUUUAAUAGGAAGAAUGUCAGCUCAAGUUCCAAUGAACAUGACCAUCACAGGUUGCAUGAUGACAUUUUAUAGGACCACACCAGCGGUGCUUUUCUGGCAGUGGAUCAACCAGUCCUUCAAUGCCGUGGUCAAUUACACCAACAGAAGUGGAGAUGCUCCCCUCACUGUCAAUGAGCUGGGAACAGCGUACGUUUCUGCAACAACGGGUGCUGUAGCAACAGCUCUAGGACUCAACGCGUUAACCAAGCAUGUCUCUCCGCUCAUAGGACGUUUUGUUCCCUUCGCUGCGGUAGCUGCGGCCAAUUGCAUUAAUAUUCCGUUAAUGAGGCAAAGGGAACUCAAAGUUGGCAUUCCUGUCACAGAUGAGAAUGGGAACCGCCUGGGCGAGUCAGCAAAUGCUGCCAAACAAGCUAUCACGCAAGUAGUUGUCUCCAGGAUCCUGAUGGCAGCCCCUGGCAUGGCCAUCCCUCCAUUUAUCAUGAAUACUCUGGAAAAGAAAGCCUUUCUCAAGAGGUUCCCAUGGAUGAGCGCACCUGUUCAAGUUGGAAUAGUUGGCUUUUGCUUGGUAUUUGCCACACCUCUGUGCUGUGCUCUGUUCCCUCAGAAAAGUUCCAUGUCUGUGACAAGCUUGGAGGCCGAGCUGCAAGCCAGGAUCCGAGAGACCCACCCUGAACUACGGCGUGUGUACUUUAACAAGGGGCUAUAAAGCAGGUUAAGAAGCGUCUUCAGAGGAGCCUGCCAGCCGCGAGCCUGGUGCAGCCGAGUUGGAGAGGCGAAGCCUGGGCGGCCGGGUUCUCUCGGGGACAGAAACCUGUUAAAGACCCAUAGAAGCCUUUAGAGUCCAGCUGCUACCUAGGACACAGCCCCUGGGGGUCUGCGUGCCUCACCUGCCAGCCCCCGCCCCUUAUGUUUGAAUCAUGGUGUGAUUCACAGACCCCCUUCCUGUAGCUUUUAUAGUCCCUGUUCUUUCAAAGCCAGUGUCCCGACUCACACCCAGAGUUUUCCAGAGCACUGCUAGGCAUAGAGUUAGAUGUUCAGCAUAUUGAUUGUCAGUCGGUAGAAAGGAAAUCUGUUUAAAAUACUGAAUUUUUAUCCCACUCUUGUUUCAAAUCAAGGAGAACUGACUAGUGAGUUGAGAAAACACAAAAGCCCUGAGGCUAAACUGUAAAAAAAAAAAAAAAAAAAA